UCACUUUUCAAAACUCUGCAAAAAACUGGCGGUCAAUUCUCCUUACAAAGUCUCCCAUUCACAGCUCCUCCAACUCACCCCUCUCUUCUUCCAUCUCUCUUUCUCUCUUUCGUUUUCAAUUAUUCACCCUCAAGAACUAACACCCAAGGGCUGAGAUCAAGAUCCAAUGGCCGCCUCAGACAACUGUGCUCGUGUAACUCGUGCUUCCAAGAAGAGAGCUGCGGCGGCCGCCGUCGUCGAGGGUCAAUCUGCAAAUAAAAAGCGGGUGGUUCUUGGAGAGCUGUCCAAUGUUCAGAAUCUUAAUGCCUCGGUGGUAGGACAGAAGAGGAAGGCCAAGUCCCAGAUCACAAAAUGUAAGCCUAAGAAGAGAGCGAAGGUUGGUGUUGCUCCGACCAUCAAGACGACAGUUGUUUCUGAAGAUAAUGAACCUAAGUUGACUGUCGAUGAUCUUUUGGAUGACCCAGAGAUGAAGGGGCCUUAUUCCUCUGAUAUUUAUGCAUAUCUUCGCAAAAUGGAGGCGGAACCAAAAAGAAGGCCGAUUCCAAAUUACAUAGAGAAGAUUCAGACGGAUGUAAGUGCUAAUAUGAGAGGGGUCUUGGUUGAUUGGAUGGUUGAGGUAGCAGAAGAAUACAAGCUUGGCCCCGAUACUCUGUAUUUAUCCAUCUCAUAUCUUGAUAGGUUCCUCUCAAUGAACAUCCUCAGUAGGCAAAGACUUCAAUUGUUGGGGGUUUCUUCAAUGCUUAUUGCAUCGAAGUAUGAAGAAAUCACCCCUCCUCAUGUGGAGGAUUUCUGCUACAUAACAGAUAAUACUUAUAGAAGAGAUGAGGUUGUGAAGAUGGAGGCUGAUAUACUCAAGUCUUUGAACUUUGAAAUGGGAAAUCCUACUGCCAAGACAUUCUUGAGGAGGUUCACUAAUGUUGCUCAAGAGGAUUUCAAAAUACCAAAUCUACAGUUGGAAUUUCUGGGUUAUUACCUUGCUGAGCUGAGCUUGUUGGACUAUAAUUUCGUUAAGUUCUUGCCUUCUAUGGUUGCUGCUUCAGUUGUGUUUCUUGCUAAAUUUAUUAUCCGACCGAAGCUGCAUCCUUGGGGUCCAGGCAUACAACAAUACACAGGCUACAAGCCAGCUGAUCUAAGGCCAUGUGUUAUUCUGUUACAUGAUUUGUACAUGGCCAGAAGAGGAGGGUCUUUGAUAGCUGUGAGAGAAAAAUACAAGCUACAUAGGUUCAAGUGUGUUGCAAUGAUGCCUUCACCUCCUGAGAUCCCCUUUUCCUAUUUUGAAGAAGCUUAGAUUGGCACAUGAUUCUUUGAUAUAUUUUACUUGCUAAUUGAAGACAUGAUUUUGACCCUCUGCUGAUGGAUUGAAAGAUUUUUUUGGGAAGAUGGAAAUUGGGUUUCAGCUCUCCAGUAGGCUCUUUGGUGAUUUUUGUUCCUCAAAAAAUAGGACCCAUAUUGUUAAUAUUAGUUAAGUUGAAAGAUGUUUCUUUUGUUUUUGACAAGUUGGGCAUUUUGCAGUUGAAUUCCUUUUUACAUGUAAAUCGGCCGGUACUUCCAUAUGAAUAACAGUAAAGACUGCAUCCAUGGCUUUUUAUUUUCUUUUGAAAAA